UGACGAUUGUGGCUGCAUUUGUACAGUGAUGGCUUUCCCAGCGCCUGGUGCAAUGUCAUCGCCUUCCUAGCUGCCGUUUAAGGAACAAAAGUUUCACUAAUUCCGAAUUCAACCGCUUUACAUUCAGUAAUUCAACCGCGAUUGUUCCAGUGAAGGAAGAAUCCGAGAUAAAUCAAUGUUAUCGGUGUAAAAAAGGAGAAAAUAGGCUACAGAAUCCGCCGACAGUAAGGACACCUCAUGAAGCUCAUGUGCCGAUACUGCUCUCUUAAGGUACUGUAGUGCUGGGCUACUCGCCUCUCAAAAUGGCAAUCAUCCGGCAGUUUGGACUACUGCUGUGGAAGAACUACAUUCAGCAGAAGCGUCAGAUCCUGGUGACUCUGGUGGAGAUCGCCCUGCCGCUCCUCUUCUCGGCCAUCCUCAUUGUGCUCCGCCAGCGCAUCCCCUUCAAGAACUACCCCAACGCCACCGCGUACGAAAGCUUCUCCGUGGACAGUCUUCCCCAAAUCCCCAGUGCACCCUUCCACCUGGCCUACGUUCCAGGCAACGCCAGUGUGGUGCGACGGGUAGCAGAGGAUGUGCAGCGCAGCCUGAACUCGAUCAGCUCAGUGCGCGGCUUUGAGACAGAGGAGCAGUUUGAGGAGUUUGUGAGGAACGACCCCCUGGCAGGGAAGGUGCUGGCAGCCGUGGUGUUUGAACACCCCUUCACCCACGACGAUGAGCCCCUCCCUCUACAGGUGAGCUACCACCUGCGUUUCACCUUCACCCCUCGCAACGCCCCAGCCAAGGAGAAGUCUGAGCUCAACCCCAACAAUGACCUGGACUGGCACACCCUCAGCCUCUUCCCCCUGUUCCAGAUGCCCGGGCCCAGGGAGCAGUACGACCGCCAGGGGGGCACACCGGGCUACCACCGCGAGGGCUUCCUGUCGGUGCAGCAUGCCGUGGACCGGGCCAUCAUGCGCUCUUACAACAGCAGCGGCGUGGCCACCCUGCUCGGCCAGACCAAAGUGGUGCUCUCCCGGUUCCCCUACCCCGCCUUCAUCUACGACGUCUUCAUCCUGGCCAUCCAGAACCAGUUACCCCUGCUGCUGGUGCUCAGCUUCACGUACACCUCCCUCAACAUAGUCCGCGCCGUGGUGCAGGAGAAGGAGAGGAAACUCAAGGAGUACAUGCGGAUGAUGGGCCUGAGUAACUGGCUCCACUGGAGCGCCUGGUUCCUCAUGUUCUUCCUCUUCCUCUCCAUUUCCAUCCUCUUCGUCACUGUGCUCCUGUGUGUCACGGUUCACCCUAACGGUGCAGUGCUGACCUACAGUGACCCCACACUGGUCUUUGUCUUCUUGCUUGUGUUUGCUGUGGCAACCAUCAACUUCAGCUUCAUGAUCAGUGUCUUCUUCUCAAGAGCCAACGUGGCGGCGGCGGCCGGGGGGUUUGUCUACUUCCUGAGCUACCUGCCCUACGUGUUCCUGUGGCCCCGCUACGACCUGCUCAGCCACGCCCAGAAGGUCUCCGCUUGCCUCAUCUCCAACGUGGCUAUGGCCAUGGGCGCCCAGCUCAUUGGCAUGUUCGAGGGCAAAGGCACGGGGAUCCAGUGGGCGAGCCUGUUUGACUCGGUGACGGUGGACGAUGACUUCUCCAUGGCCCAGGUGCUGGGGCUGCUCCUGCUGGAUGCGCUGCUCUACGGCCUGGUGGCCUGGUACGUGGAGGCCGUGUUCCCAGGGGAGUACGGAGUCCCUCUGCCCUGGUACUUCUUCCUGCUGCCGUCGUAUUGGUGCAGCAGCCCUCGCAUGGCCCUGCUGAAUGAGAAGGAGGAAGAGGAGGAUGCAGAGAAGGCAAUGAAGGGGGAGUUCAUAGAGGAGGAGCCGUCAGGACUGGUGUCUGGGGUGAAGAUCAAACACCUGGCCAAGGAGUUCACUUUGGGCAGCAAGACCAGGAAGGCUGUCAAGGACCUGACGGUGAACAUGUUCGAGGGCCAGAUCACCGUGCUGCUGGGGCACAACGGAGCUGGGAAGACCACCACCCUGUCCAUGCUGACAGGUCUGUACCCACCUACCAGUGGGAGGGCCUACAUCAAUGGCUAUGACAUCUGCCAAGACAUGGCUCUGAUUCGCCGCAGUCUGGGUCUGUGCCCCCAACAUGACGUUCUGUUUGACAACCUCACCGUCAGGGAGCACCUGCUCUUCUACGCCCAGUUGAAGGGUUACCCCCGGCAGAAGAUCCCUGCGGAGGUGGACCGGAUCCUCCAUAUCCUCAACCUGGAGGACAAGCGGCAGGCCCACUCCAAGACCCUGUCGGGGGGCAUGAAGAGAAAACUGUCCAUCGGCAUUGGCCUCAUCGGAGACUCCAAGGUGGUGAUGCUGGACGAGCCCACGUCGGGCAUGGACCCGUCGGCGCGGCGCGCCACCUGGGACCUGCUGCAGGGGGAGAAGCGCGGGCGCACCAUCCUGCUCACCACCCACUUCAUGGACGAGGCCGACCUGCUGGGGGACCGCAUCGCCAUCAUGGCCGGCGGCGAGCUGCAGUGCUGCGGCUCGCCGCUCUUCCUCAAGAACAAAUACGGUGCUGGUUACCACAUGGUGAUCGUGAAGGACGCGCUGUGCAACGUGUCAGAGAUCACGCGCCUGGUGCACAUGUAUGUUCCCAACGCCACGCUAGAGAGCAGCGCCGGUGCUGAACUGUCUUACAUCCUCCCCAAGGAGAGCACCAGCAGGUUUGAGCUGUUGUUCGCAGAGCUGGAGAUGAACAGAGAGGAGCUGGGCAUCGCUAGCUAUGGAGCAUCCGUCACCACCAUGGAGGAAGUCUUCCUCAGGGUGGGUAAGCUGGUGGACUCCAGUCUGGACAUCCAGGCCAUCCAGCUGCCCGCUCUCCAGUACCAGCACGAGCGGCGCUCUCAUGACUGGACCACGGACGACGCCAGCAGCAUCAGCGGCAUGACCGACGUCACCGAUUUCACCGACAGCGGCACGCUCAUCUCCGAGGACUGCUCCAACAUCAAGCUCAACACGGGGGCCAGACUCUACAUGCAGCAGUUCUAUGCCAUGUUCCUGAAGAGGGCGCUGUACAGCUGGAGGAACUGGAAGGUGAUGGUGGCCCAGUUCCUGGUGCCCCUGGUGUUCACCGUGCUGGCUCUGGCCGUGGCGCGCUCCUUCCCCGGGCACCACAGCGCCCCCCUGCUGCGGCUGGUGCUGGGCCGCUACGGCCCCACCACGGUGCCUGUGGCCCUGGAGCCCGGGGCAGGACAGCUGACCGCUGCCCUGGCUGACACCUACAACCUCCAGCUCUCUGCACAGCAGGCUCAGCUUGAGAACAUCACAGACUUCACAAACUACGUGCUGACCCAGGCCGAGCGGGAGGGCGGGGCCUUCAACGAGCGCUGCGUGGUGGGCGCCGCCUUCCGUGGCGCCGCGGUGACGGAGAUCACCGCGUACUUCAACAACCAGGGCUACCACACGGUCGCCACGGCCCUGAUGAUGGCGGACAACGCCCUGUUCAAAGCGCUGGCGGGACCCAACGCGUCCAUCCAGACGGGCAACUACCCCAUGCCCCGCAACCUGUCUGAGAGUGCCCAGGGCCAGAUUACCGAGGGCUUUGGCAUCGCCAUAAACCUGAUGUACGGCAUGGCGUCCCUCUCCAGCACCUUCGCCCUGCUGCUGGUCACCGAGCGCUCCGUCAAGUCCAAGCACGUGCAGCAGGUCAGCGGGGUGUACCUCUCCAACUUCUGGUUCUCCGCCCUGCUCUGGGACCUGGUCAACUUCCUGCUGCCCUGUGUCCUCAUGCUGGUGGUGUUCCAGGCGUUCGGGGUGAAGGCCUUCGUGGAGCACAACCACCUGGUGGACAUGCUGCUGUUGCUCCUGCUGUACGGCUGGGCCGUCAUCCCCCUUAUGUACCUGCUCAGCUUCCUGUUUUCCACCGCCGCCUCCGCCUACACACGGCUCACCAUCUUCAACAUCAUCAGCGGCACCGCCACCUUCCUCAGUGUCACCAUCAUGACCAUCCCAGAGCUGAACCUGCUGGACAUGUCUCAUCUCCUGGACAAGGUGUUCCUGGUCUUCCCCAACUACUGCCUGGGCAUGUCCAUCAGCCAGUUCUACAAGAACUAUGAGCUGCUCACCUUCUGCACCUCCAGCCCUUUAACUGAGACUAUCUGCAAGAUCUUCAACAUCACCUACCAGGAGAACUACUUCUCCAUGUCUGAGCCUGGCGUGGGCCGAUUCCUGGUGGCCCUGUCCCUGCAGGGCCUGGUCUUCAUCCUCCUGGUGUUCGCCAUCGAGCUGCAGGGCCCCCGGACCAUCCGACGAGCCCUCUGCUCCCUCUUCUCCAUCUGCUGCUCCCGCUGCACCCGGCGCAGCAAGCUGACUCUGGUCAAGGAUGCAGCUGCACAGCCCGAGGACAGGGACGUGGCGGAGGAGAGGAAGAGGGUUCUGGAGUGUCACCCCAUGGUGGAGUCUAUGGUGGGGAGUCCACUCAUACUGCACGAGCUCAGCAAGGUGUACAGCGGUGGACAGCCCCUGCUGGCGGUGGACCGUCUCUCCCUGGCGGUGGGGAAAGGGGAGUGUUUCGGCCUGCUGGGCUUCAACGGCGCCGGGAAGACCACCACCUUCAAGAUGCUGACCGGGGACGAGACGGUCACCUCCGGGGACGCCUACAUAGACGGAUACAGCAUCCUGAGAGACAUCAAGAAGGUGCAGCAGAGGAUUGGCUACUGCCCUCAGUUUGAUGCGUUGCUGGAUCACAUGACAGGAAGAGAGACUCUGAGCAUGUAUGCCAGGCUGAGGGGGAUCCCAGAGAAGUACGUGUCGGGGUGCGUGGAGAACGUCCUGAGGUCCCUACUACUGGAGCCCCACGCAGACAAACUGGUCCGCAGCUACAGUGGGGGCAACAAGAGGAAGCUGAGUGCAGGCAUGGCUCUAAUUGGUGGACCUCCAGUCAUCUUCCUAGAUGAGCCGUCCACUGGGAUGGACCCUGUCGCUAGGAGACUGCUCUGGGACGCCGUGACCCGCACAAGGGAGUCUGGCAAGGCCAUUAUAAUUACUUCACACAGUAUGGAGGAGUGUGAAGCCUUGUGCACCAGGCUGGCAGUGAUGGUGAGUGGUCAGUUUAAGUGUCUAGGCAGCCCCCAGCACCUUAAGAGCAAGUUUGGCAGUGGCUACACCCUGCUGGCCAAAGUGCGUGUGGAGGCAGAACUGGAGGACAGCGACUUGCAACUCUUCAAGGACUUCAUCGAGGGAACCUUCCCAGGAAGUCAGCUGAAAGAUGAGCACCAGGGGAUGGUGCACUACCACUUGACUGACAAGAAACUCACCUGGGCACAGGUGUUUGGCACUCUGGAGGCAGCCAAAGAGAAGUACAGUAUCGAUGACUACUGUGUGAGCCAGAUCUCCCUGGAGCAGGUGUUCCUUAGCUUUGCCCAGUUCCAGCACUGCACUGAGGACAGGAGGAAAUAGACCCUCCCCCACCCCGCCCCAAAACAGGAAGAGGAGAAGGAGGGCUAGCGCUCCUGUUUCCCCCCCCCCGUUGGGUUUCAUCUGUCUGAGCGUCUCUGCACUUGGAAUGGCUAGGCCUGUGUACAUGGAUUUGUGGAGCUUUUGUGACGCGCUACUGUGCUCGGUAUACGCACACACGCAUUAGCGACACACAUCAACACACUCGCCCGCGCGCGUGUGUGUAUGCAUCUAUAUACACACACAGGCCUAGACCACUGUGCCGGGCUUGAGCAGGGGUUUGGUCAAAUGAGUCCUUAAAUGUUGCUCCAUAAUGUCUUUUGGGUUGAGUUGGAACCUACACGUUUUACUGCAUCUGAAAAUAAGUCUACCAUGCUCAUGGUCUACCUGGUCAUUGUGUGUACGGACUAGACUGGACUGGUGUAUAUGUAUGCACUUGUAUGCCGCUGUUAUUUAUGAUUUCUGUCUGUUUUCGAAAUGACUGUGCUAAGUGGACAGACUUGAAGAAGGAAAACCACCCUGUAAAACCAGUCUGUGUGACUCAGUAGGGACCAUUCUAGUAGGUCCACCCUUUGCCUUAUGGGCUAAUGGGUAUUUUUCCCUUGUUCGGUCAAAUGCCUGGUAGAAACAUCUGAUGUGCCCUACGGUAGCUCAGUCUUUAAGCAGAAUGUAAAUAAUAAUGCAAUGUAUUCAUGGUACUGAACCCUUCUAGCAAUCCAGAUAAUUAUCAACAAGUUUUUUAGGGGGCAUAAGCAAAUGCAUGCCUUGCAUGACAUUUCACUGAGAAAAUAAGUAAAGAAAAAGAAGGUCCUUUUAAAUGACCAAUUACAUCUGUCAAGACACAUGACAGAUGAGGGUCAAAAGGUUUGGGCUUGUUUGGCUCCUGUGGAAUGACCAUCUGCAUCUCCAUACUUGCUAUUCUUGGAUUCUCCAGACAAGGUCAUGGAUAGUUACCAGACCUGCUAGUCUGCUAGGUUACAUCAAAAGUUUCGGAGCUCAGAUGUCCACAAAGGCAAUUGUGCAAAAAGGCAUCGGAUGACCCUGUAUCAAUUGCACAAUAGUUGUGUUCCUCAUGCUGCUACCGGGAAACUGAAUGACUCGCCUUUAACAGCCAGUGGAAACUGUGUUUCUUGUCUUAACACAAAGGAGUUCCCUGUGUGUCCACAGGGACCUGUAGGUUAUUGGUCGUCAGCAGAGCAUCAGGAUGCCCCCUUGGUCAUCGUCACAGACUGUGGGCUCCUACAGGGAGAUCCUGUCUGGACAUUCAGUUAAGUGAACCCCUUGUGUGUUUGCGUGUGUCGUUAACUCUGUUUUGCCAAUUUGCAUUUACAUUUAGUCAUUUAGCAGACGCUCUGGCAACUUACAGUAAGUACAGGGACAUUCCCCCCAAGGCAAG